CCAUGCGGACGUUGGCUCACGUUACUCGAAAGCGGAGCAACGGAAUCAAAUGUUUUGUCAAACGGUUUUUAUAGCUGAUAGUUCUCUGUAUUGACCCACAGCUCUUGUUCAUCCUCCCAAGUUACAUCUGGAUUUGAACUUGCUGUCAUAAUCACUGCCACCGGAAGUAAAUCAAUAUGAUCACACCCGGAAUCUCUUUCCUUGGUCGCACAGUCGUAUCGGCAGGCUCUCUAUAUCUGGGCACUGUCUGCUUAACGCGGUUCGCGACAAAGUUGGGAAUAUCCUUGCCAUUAUGGAUAUUACUACUGGGUGCGACCAGUAUUUUUGCAUUGCGCAUCCUGUAUGUCGGUAUUGUUCGCCGCCGACAAGCUGCAAGGAUGGGUGCCCGCCUUGCGUCCCCUCUUAAGGGCAAACGAUUCGGUAACCUUGACAUCAUGCUCAAGCUGAUCGAUCGAUUCAAUAAUGGCUAUCCCGGUGAUGGAUUCGCAGAGUUCAUCGCAGAGUCCGGAACGUGUUUUAACCUCCAUGUCAUGUUCGAGGACGUCAUAUUUACCGUGGAGCCCAGCCACAUCAAGACUAUCUUAGCAUCCGAUUUUGAAAACUACGUCAAAGGGGAUAAGUUCAGGCAUACGAUGUCGAGUGUCCUCGGAACGGGUGUAUUUAAUUCUGAUGGUGAAAUGUGGAAAUUCCAUCGUUCUAUGACAAGGCCUUUCUUCAGCCAUGACCGAAUCAGUCACUUCAAUACCUUCGAUCGUUAUGCCGAAGACGCUAUCACGCAGAUGAAGGCGCGUUUCCGUGCUGGAUAUCCCGUUGACUUCCAGGACCUGAUGUCGCGUUUCACGCUCGACUCCGCCACGGAAUUUUUAUUUGGCAAUUGUGUACACAGUCUUUCCGCAGGACUACCUUAUCCGCAUAACGUCGCAACAACGGAAGCCCUUACUGGGAAGGCAAAGAUAGCUCAAGACUUUGCUCAGGCGUUCGCAGAUGCGCAGACCAUUAUUGCCCAGCGUCCCCGCAAAAGUUGGCUGUGGCCCUUGUUCGAGAUCUUCAAGGACGACACCGCAGCGCCUAUGCGAAUCGUGAACUCGUUCAUUGAUCCGAUCUUGCAAGAAGCUAUUGCCAAGAAGCAGCCUCAUGCCAGUGAAAAGAAGAAUGUCGAUGACGACGAUACGACAUUACUGGACCAUCUUGUCCAGAUGACGACAAAUCCCGUGGUACUGAAAGAUGAGAUCUUGAACAUCCUGAUCGCUGGUAGAGACACGACUGCUGGGACGCUUACUGUUGCCCUGUAUCUACUUUCCACGCACCCGCAUGUGAUGACCCGGCUGAGAGAGGAGGUCAUGACAAAAGUUGGACCUACCGACAGGCCGACUUACGAUCACAUCCGUGACAUGAAGUAUCUUCGUGCUGUUAUUAACGAAACUAUGAGGGUUUUUUCUCCUGUACCUUUUAAUAUUCGCGAAAGUGUCAAGGCAUCCACUCUGCCUGCAACUAGUUCCUUGGAUACGCCAAUAUACGUCCCUCCAAAGACAAGUAUCGGCUACUCCGUUUUCCUAAUGCAUCGUAGAAAAGAUCUUUGGGGCCCUGAUGCCGAUGAGUUCGAUCCCGACCGCUUCCUUGAUGAACGGCUACAUAAAUAUCUUACGCCUAAACCUUUCAUAUUCCUCCCCUUCAAUGCCGGUCCCCGCAUCUGUCUUGGGCAACAGUUCGCUUACAACGAGAUGUCAUUCAUGCUCAUCCGCCUCCUCCAAUCCUUCUCUUCUAUCACUCUCCACCCCGAAGCGCAACACCCAGAUACUCGUCCGCCUGCUGAUUGGGCUCAAGCAGAAGGUCGCAAAUCGCGCGAACAGUUCUGGCCAAAAGUACAUUUGACGAUGUAUGCUCAUGGCGGUUUAUGGAUCCGCAUGACUGAAGCUGAGAACGCUGAUUGAAUAACAUAAUGUCAUAUUAGGGAAGUGCACUAAUAGCACCGUAAUCACAUCGAAAAUCAUCUGUAUUAUGAUCAAUCUUCUGUCUCUCAAACUGUAACUAUGCUGCCC